AGAAAUGAAUAUCUCUAAGGAAGUUGGCAUCAAAGGCUGCAGCAAUGCACAGUGGCUCAGCAGCUCAUGUGACUUGGAUGUAAAUAUGACUUCAACUAAUGGAACCAACAACCGUUUUCAGCUACCCACCUUCUCCUCAGCCGCCAAGGCGCGAGUGAUCAUUACAUUUGUCAUAUUCACUCUGUCGGCCACCUGCAACUUGGCUGCUCUUUGGGCCGCUGCUCGGACAAGCAGAAAGAAAAGGUCACAUGUACGAAUCCUAAUCCUCAAUCUCACCACAGCCGACUUGCUUGUAACAUUCAUCGUGAUGCCGUUGGAUGCUAUUUGGAACAUCACAGUGCAAUGGCAUGCUGGAGAUAUAGCCUGCAGAAUACUGAUGUUCCUAAAGCUUCUGUCUAUGUAUUCCUGUGCUUUUGUCACUGUGGUAAUCAGCGUAGACCGGCAGUCUGCCAUCCUCAACCCACUGGCCAUUAACGACGCCAAGAAGAAGAACAAGAUAAUGUUGUCGAUCGCAUGGUUAAUGAGCGCAGUGCUCUCACUCCCACAGCUGUUUCUGUUUCAUACAGUUACUAUCACAGAGCCACACAAUUUCACCCAGUGUACAACGAGGGGCAGUUUCCAGCAGCACUGGCAGGAGACCGUCUACAACAUGGUGAGCUUUGUGUGCUUGUUCCUGCUUCCUCUGCUAAUCAUGAUCUCCUGCUAUUCACGGAUCCUACUGGAGAUAUCCAAGCGCAUGAGCAAAGGAACACUUUCCUCCAAGGAAGUUUACUUGCGAUGCUCCAAAAACAACAUUCCAAAGGCACGCAUGAGGACUCUAAAGAUGAGCGUUGUCAUAGUCAGCUCCUUCAUCAUCUGCUGGACGCCUUACUUUCUCCUGGGCUUGUGGUACUGGUUCUUCCCAGAGAUAAUGGAGGAGAAGGUAUCCCAGUCCACCACACACAUCCUUUUCAUCUUUGGUCUAGUUAAUGCAUGCCUGGACCCCAUAACUUAUGGACUUUUCACCAUACACUUUCGGAAAAGUCUUCAGCGAUAUUGCGGAGGCAGAAGGACAUCAGACGCCGACACAAGCUCCUCGGUCACAGGGUCCUUUCGCUGUUCAAUGUCUUCAUUUCGUGCCAAAAAGAUGAUUGUCUUGAACCAGGAACUACAAGUGUUACAAUCUUGCAAUGGUAAUUUCACCAACCCAGAAUUCAGGUUGAAUGGCCUUGGCACUAGCUGCCUCUAAGCUUUACAGAAGUCAAUUAGAGAAGUGUAUAAUAGGAGGACGCUCUAUGAAACAUUAAUUAUAACAUGCCCUACAGCGAGCUCGCAGCGUAGUGUUUCCUACAGACCUUCUGUUCUCACAGUUGAUGCAAACUACUUGCAAGAAUCGAAUGAACGUUAAUACAUCAGCACAGCAAAAUAAAUUUCAUAUUGUUUCAAUGACGUUGCCAAAUGGAUUGUGUACUUGGAAAUGUUAUUUUGAACUCCAGAUGGAGCCAUUAGUUUCCAUGAACAUUCGUCUUAAGACGCGUAUGCUUGGGAUUGGUGGUGGUUAUCUUCUCCCUAAUCUCUUCUCUCUAAUUUCUACCUCCUACAUUCUAGUUAAUAUCGUUUGGAAGUAAAUUCAGGUCUAAGUUGAAAAAUGUAUCAUCUGUACUGUAUUGUGUAUGGCACAGAACUUUAUCUGUAAGCUUUUUCUCUUUGUCUAUGUAUAAACUGGCAAGGCAAUUUUUUUUUACAACUAUUGCAUGUGAAUAUUGAAAAUUAUUUAUUACAG